ACCUCACAUUUCAUGAUCUACAACCACAUAUGGAGAGAGAAAAUAACAACUGAAUCCCAAUAAGCCAUGAAGCUCAUCCACAUUUGCGCCUCUCUCUUUAUCCUCCUCUCCAUCUUCACCAUCUGCAGAUCUGAUGAUGCCGAUUGUGUGUACACGGUGUACGUAAGAACCGGAUCAAUCAUAAAGGCUGGUACUGAUUCAAAUAUUACCUUGACUCUUUAUGAUGCUAAUGGAUAUGGGAUCCGGAUAAAAAAUCUUGAGGCUUGGGGUGGGCUUAUGGGCCCAGGCUACAACUAUUUUGAGAGAGGAAAUUUGGACAUCUUUAGUGGGAGGGGCCCAUGUUUGACCGGGCCCGUGUGCACAAUGAACUUGACGUCAGAUGGGACCGGCCCGCACCACGGAUGGUACUGUAACUACGUGGAGGUGACGACGACUGGGGUCCACAAGCAAUGUGCCCAAACACUUUUUACGGUCGAGCAAUGGUUAGCUACGGAUACGAAACCAUAUGAGCUCACUGCCAUGAGGAACUCUUGUUUGUCGUCUGAUGACAAGAAACGUGUGAUUGACGAUCAUGACUCGUCUAUGGUUUCUGUGAUGUAAGAGUUGUUGGGCUUUUAUGGGCUUUUGGCCCAUAUUAUUGCGGGUGUUUACUGCUUUUCGUUUUUCUUUUUAUGCCCUACUUGCUAAAUAAUAUGCACUUGCAUGAAUUGGUAUGCACAAUGUACUUGGUGUAUUUUGUUCGAACGAAGGGACCAAUAAUGUGAAACGAAAUGACUAAAAUUAUGAAACAUAAAAUGUUCGAGUAAAUUUCAA